AUGGACAAGGGUACUGAGACUGAGCGACUGGAACACGCGUCUGUUCGUCCUGAAGUGGAUACGGAUACCGAGUCUAAGCGAUGGGCUCAAACACAUCUCCAGUCUGAAACGAGCAGCACCGCUGAGUCGGAGCAAUCGGCUCAAACAUCUCUUCGCGCGGUCACGACAGACCAGGGCUCGCUCGUACAGGUUGAAAGCAACGCGGGCAAUGAUAGGUCCAAUGAUGGCCUGGCUAGUACUACUGCCUAUACCAAUGAAGAGCGUAUCACCAGCUCUCUCACUGAAGGUCUUCUGACCAGGGCACUGUUCGACUCUAGCGUCGAGGAAGAGUCACCUUCUGGGUCUUCAGCUAGUAGUGACUAUGGAGCUGUGGCCAGUACUCAUCGGGGCAUUCCACCCUUCUUCGGCGAGAGGUCUGAUUCGGAUAUGUCUUCCUACAGCGACUACGAUGAGGACGACUCGAACGGUGAGCCAAGAGACGAGUGGUCCGGCAUCUAUGACGAAAGUUACGAUGCCGACGAAGAGGACUGGUCCCAAUCCGGCGAAGGGGAUUCUGAGGAUUGGGACGACAAUGAGCAAGACGAGCCGGAAGUCAACCCCUACCUCAAUGAGCGCUUUUUGAGAGUUGUCCGUUCUCCUCCAAUGCGGCAUCGUCGACCCCUCCCUGGCCAGGGUAAGCGUGGCUGUUAAGUAGUCUGCUCGUACCAGCCUUUGGUUGCACUCCUUGGUCAGUUUGUUGGUGUAUAUACUUUGUUUGCUCUUGAUGGCACCAUCUCUGCUCUUCUUUGUUGGCGGUUGUUCUCUCUGAUUGAUCUUUCUUUGUAUCACUUAAGACUCUGAUUCUUUUCUUCAUCGGCACACUUCUGCUCCACCCUUCGCAUCAUGUCAUUUCGUGCUAGAUUCUUGGCAACUUCAUACUCCCUGAAUCUUGCAAGAUACUCUUUUGUAGUAUCGAGAUGAAAUUAGAGAGAGAAAUAUC